GCUCACUCUGCCGCUCUAGGCGGAGGACCAGGGAGGCGCGCGCGCGUUCCCAGUCCCCUCACCCCCUCUUCUAGGCGCGCCCCUACCUGGGAGGGCCCGCCGGCGCGCGCGCGUCCUCAGCACCAGCCGCAGCGGCGGCGGCGGCGGCGGCGGCGGCAGCAGCAGCAUCAAAAGCAGCCAAAGCAGUGGAGGCAGAGGCUGCAGACCCCAUCACCGGUCCAAGCAGCAGCAUCCGCGGUGCGGCGCGGGAGCCCGACCGCGGGGAAGCGGCUGCUGAAGCUCGUGCAGGUGCGCGCAGAGGCGUGUAGCUCCUCUACCCCGCCUCUGGAGAAUCAGCCCCUCGAGAGGGGCACAGAGAAGAAGGGAGGGGGCGCCGCCCAGCCGGAGUGGACCCGGUACCGAGCCCGCCUGGUGCCCCUUCUCAACCUCGGCGACCACAGCAACGGCGACUCGCCUCCGGGGGCACCAUGCAGGAAGAGCCCGUGUGAUCCGUCCGCAACCUCCCCGCCCUGUGGGUGCAGAGGCGCCCCGCAGCCCGAGCCCGAGCCCGGAGCUCCCGGCUGACAGCAGAGCGGCGCCCUGGAGCUAUGAGCCAUGAAGCCGCCUGGCAUCAGCGCCCUGCGGCAGCCCUCCCCAGGCUGCAGCCUGAUCGCCUCCUCCUCCUCCUCCUCUUCCUUCGGCACCACCACUUCUUUCCCUUCUUGCUGGCAGCCGCCUCCCUUGCUGCUGCACACCCUCUGCCGCCUCCGCCUUCUCCUUCUUCUGCAGCUGCUCUCCGGUUCCUUCUGGUCCCAGCCCUGGGGGGCUGCUGCAGCCAGCGCUUCAUAUUGGAAUGAAACUGCAAAAGAGGCAGCCGGGGUUCUGGCAGAUGAAGAGAAUGCAUUUCAACAGAAUAGCAGUAGGCGCAAUAAUAACAGUUACAGUAAUGCAGUGCAGAAGGAAAUCACCCUGCCUUCAAGACUGGUAUAUUAUAUCAAUCAAGAUUCUGAGAGCCCUUACCAUGUCCUGGAUACUAAGGCAAGACACCAGCAAAAACAUAACAAGGCUGUGCAUCUGGCCCAGGCAAGCUUUCAGAUCGAGGCUUUUGGCUCCAGAUUCAUUCUUGACCUCACACUGAAUAAUGGCUUGCUAUCCUCUGAUUAUGUAGAGAUUUAUUAUGAAGAUGGAAAACCACAGUACUCUAAGGGUGGAGAACAUUGCUACUACCAUGGAAAUAUCAGAGGUAUCAAGGACUCCAGAGCUGCAUUGUCAACAUGCAAUGGACUGCAUGGCAUGUUUGAAGACAACACUUUUAUGUAUAUGAUAGAGCCACUGGAGUUAAUCCACAGCACAAAAAGCACAGGCCGACCACAUGUAAUUCAGAGAACACUAGGGGGACACACUUCUAAGCAACUGAAGAAUCUGAGCAUGGAAGAGCAUGACCAGUGGCCAUUCCUAUCUGAGUUACAGUGGCUGAAGAGGAGACGAAGAAGAAGGAGAGCUGCACCUCGUGGAGUGUUUGAAGAAAUGAAAUACUUGGAGCUUAUGAUUGUCAAUGAUCAUAAAAUGUACAAGAAAUACCGUUCUCAUGCACAUACCAACAACUUUGCUAAGUCUGUGGUCAACCUCGUGGAUUCUAUUUACAAGGAGCAGCUGAAUACCAGGGUGGUGUUGGUAGCUGUGGAAACAUGGACAGAGAAGGACUACAUUGACAUUCGAUCUGACCCCGUCCAGAUGCUCCAUGACUUCUCCAAAUACCGACAACGAAUAAAACAGCAUGCGGAUGCUGUUCACCUCAUCUCGCGUGUCAUAUUUCACUUUAAGAGAAGCAGUCUGAGUUACUUUGGAGGUGUUUGUUCCAAGACAAGGGGAGUUGGAGUGAAUGAGUAUGGUCUUCCAAUGGCAGUGGCACAAGGAUUAUCCCAGAGUCUGGCACAAAACCUUGGAAUCCAGUGGGAACCUUCUAGCAGAAAGCCAAAAUGUGACUGCACGGAAUCCUGGGGUGGAUGCAUCAUGGAGGAAACAGGGGUGUCACAUUCCCGGAAGUUCUCAAAAUGCAGCAUUCUGGAAUACAAGGACUUCUUACAGAGAGGGGGAGGAUUCUGUCUUUUUAACAGGCCAACAAAGCUGUUUGAAGCCACUGAGUGUGGAAAUGGCUAUGUGGAAGCAGGAGAGGAAUGUGACUGUGGUUUCCAUGUGGAAUGCUAUGGUGUGUGCUGCAAGAAAUGCUCACUUUCAAAUGGAGCACAUUGCAGCGAUGGACCCUGUUGUAACAGCACAACCUGUCUUUUUCAGCCACGAGGCUAUAACUGUCGAGAAGGAGUAAAUGACUGUGACAUUACUGAAACUUGCACUGGAGACUCUGGCCAGUGCCCACCCAAUCUUCAUAAACAAGAUGGAUAUUCUUGCAAUUCCAAUCAGGGCCGUUGCUACAAUGGAGAAUGCAAGACAAGAGAUAAUCAAUGCCAGUACAUCUGGGGAAGCAAGGCUGCAGGGUCUGACAAAUUCUGCUAUGAAAAACUUAACACAGAAGGCACUGAGAAGGGGAACUGUGGGAAAGAUGGGGAUCGAUGGAUUCAGUGUAGCAAACAUGAUGUGUUUUGUGGCUUUUUGCUCUGUACCAAUCUUACUCGAGUUCCACGAAUUGGUCAACUUCAGGGAGAAAUCAUUCCAACUUCCUUUUAUCACCAAGGCCGAGUCAUUGACUGCAGUGGUGCCCAUGUUGUUUUAGAUGAUGAUACUGAUGUAGGGUAUGUGGAAGAUGGAACUCCGUGUGGCCCAUCCAUGAUGUGUCUAGAUAGAAAGUGCCUACAGAUUCAGUCCCUAAACAUGAGCAGCUGUCCCCUUGACUCCAAUGGCAAAGUUUGUUCAAAUCAUGGGGUGUGUAGCAAUGAAGUCACCUGCAUUUGUAAUAACACCUGGGCGGGGACGGACUGCAGCAUCCGGGAUCUUAUCAAAAAACCCCCAGCCUCAAAGGAUGACGGACCCAAGGGGAGCAUGGCCACAAGCAGGCUUAUAGGUGCAGUGGCAGGGACCAUUCUGGCCCUGGGGGUGAUUUUUGGAGGCACAGGGUGGGGAAUGGAAAAUGUCAAAAAGAGAAGGUUUGAUCCAAGUCAGCAAGGCCCCAUCUGAAGCCACUGCACUGGAUCAGCUUCCCCUUGUACUUUGGAAUUCUGGGUAUGAAGUCCUUGCAGUCAAUAUGCAGGAACUGCUAAGUUGAUAAAGAAGAACCCUGGGUGAUGAUCAGAAAACUAAAGGUGGGGUGAGGGGAUGAGGGAAAAGAAAACUGUCCUUUUUGGAGAUAAGUUCAAAUACUGAUCCCUUCCCUACACCUGGCAUCAAAGGAGGGGAAAAGACAAUCCAGGCAAUAGAAAAGAAAAAAAAAAGAACCCUUUCGGAAUAUGUUUGUGGUUUUGUUUUGUUUUUGUUUUUGUUUUUCUAAAUGGAAGGAAGAAGGGGCAAAACCAAAUCAAGUGCAAUAAAAGGACCAUUUCACAAAAAUAAAACAGCAGAUGAUUUUUUCCCCUCUCAGCCUGCUGACACUCAGAAUCCUUGAAAUGAGUGCGUGGCAUGACUUUUUUUUUCCUUUUCAUAUUGAUGACAACUCCAGCGGCAUGAAGAACUAAUUUUGAAAGGGUAUAAACUGCAUGGCAUAUAUACAACAAGCUCACAAGCCAAUCCUCAGCAAAACCUGCAACUGAAGUCAGAAAGUGAAGAGAACAUGUGAACUCAGAGAAGCCGAUUUGGGGCUCAUUUCAUAUAGGAACUACAUCAACUAUACACAGGGCUUUUGUAUGCUCUCUUUGUCUGUUUUUCUCUGUCUCUGUCUCUGUGCGUCUCUGUCCCUGUCUGUCUCCUCCGUCUCCGGCUCUCUCUGUCUCUGUCUCUCCCUCUCUCUGUCUCUGUCUUUGUCUCUCUCUCUGUCUCUGUCUCUCUCUCUCCCUGUUCUCUUCCCUCUCUGUCUUUUUCUCUCUGUUUCUGUCUCUUUCUCUCAACUCUGUAGCUUCCACCUUUUGUUGAGUCACCACUGUUUUCUGACCUGGACCAAAGGCCCUUUGGAUAUGGGAGCUAUUGUCUGGACAAUGAUGCUAAUGUAUAUUUCUUUUAAAAAUGUAAAUACUGGAAAUAAGAGUUUUUGACCUCAUUUUCACUAGUCUCUAUUGAAAGAUUCCUUGUAAAGGCUCUCUGUAAAUUGAUUUGUUGGGUUUUUUUGCUCCCCACUUUUUUUUGGUAGCAUAUUGUAUGGUGGGUGUUGGGCUUGCUCAAAAAAUGGAUGGCAAUAGCUUGCAAAUGCAAAGAGUUUGGGCACAGAACAGGUGUGGUUUAAAGUUUGUAUGCUCAAAACCAAAAAAACUACAAUAACAAAAUAUCCACAUUAAACUAGAUAUGUAAAUGCAAUGUAUGUAAUAACUACAAGUCUCUAGAAUUUUUGAUGUCAUGCAAAAUUUGUGUAUAUAAUGUAAGAAAGUAGACACCUUCUCAAAUUAAUCACAAAAGUGCCAAGUUCAUGAUUUUAAUAUUUGGUUUUAACAAUUUUCUUUCCCUCUUUCUCAUGUGAAAGGAGAACAAGCUUAAAUGAAGCCUUAAAUUAUAAUCACAAAUGCCCAAAAACUUGUGGAAAGCUAAGCUUUCCUUUUUAGUAGUAUACAUACACAUAUACAUAUAUAAAUAUUCUUGUCAAUCUUCCAUUCAUGUUCACUCUGUCUCUCCUUCAUUGGCUAUAUAGUAGAGUUUCUUAUAGGACCAUUACUGGAAGAACAAGACCAACACUUGCCUCUUUUGUUAACAUCAUCAUAUCAGGCUUUUACUAUAUGUGGUUGUGUUUGGGGGAGGGGAUACAACUUGACUCACAGUACACCCCAAUCCAUGUAAUACUGUGCAAUUAUAAUAGAAUUUUACUGUAUCUCAAUUCAUUCAACCAUAUUCUUCCCUCUAGGCAGAAUUUCAGAGAUAACCUGUGCAUGCAAGUCACUCUGAGUUUCCUUCAAUAUCACCGACUCUGUCCUAUUCCUUGUCAGGAUAACUUUGGUUUAAAUGUUAGCUAUCACCACUAAGUUGUGAACAGAUUUGUUCUGGAGGAACCCUUUUAGAUGGGCAUUUUGAUAGAUAGGUAAAUGUACCAGACAAAGAAGAGAGCUCUGCAGGAGAGGGUCAUGGGUAAAAGCCAUCUUCAAAAAAGGUUCGAAAAGAACCAACAAUAUCCACUCCUUUGGAGGAAAAAAAAUGUGCCAUUCAACUUGCUUUUGCUACUGGACUGGUUUUUAAGUUUUACUCAAAGUUCUUUCCUUGAAAGAGAAUAAGUUCAAUGACAAUAAUUGCCACCUGUUUUCCUUUGGCUUUGGAAAAUGCCAUCUGUAAGAGCUUUUUGUUGCUGUUAUUUUUAGUUUGAAAAAUUGAACUUUACAGGGUAUAUUUAUUCAUAGUGGUAUGUCAUCCAAUGGAACAAGCAUUUAUCUAGCACCUUCUGUGUGCGAGACUCUGGGCUAGACAUUAGCGAUGUAUAGAGACAAGUCAAGAAAACAAGCAUUAUUUAAUUCCAACUAUAUUCCAGGCAUUGGGCAUACAAAGAAAGACCAAAAUUGUGCCUGCCCUCAAGGAGCUCACAAUCUAAUGGGGGAGACAAUAAGCAAACAACUACAUUUGAAGGAACAACAACAACAACAACAAAGUCCCUGCCCAAAAGGAGAUUCCAUUCUACUGGCUCAUAUAGCAACAACCUUUAUUUUUUAAAUGCUAAAACAGACCAUACUAUAACAUCUUGAUACUGUUACUUAUGAGUAAUAGGUGCUACAUACAUGUGCAGUCUUUCUCUAGAAAUAAGACCUAGGUUUUUAUUGUAAUAAUAGGGCUACAAAAGGGGUUUAUUGGCCUUCAUAAGAGACAAGGUUGUAUCCAUAUAUUGUAAAAAUGGGCUCUUUCAGGUUGGGAGAAACUCAGAGUACUUGGAAUUUUUGCUGCUGCUAAAUUGCUUAGUGCCUCCCUGUUACUGAGUGAUACUUACCCACUAGCAGAUACUAAGCUGUUGCUAUGUAAAUGAUACAUAUUUUGCUUCUCUUCCAGGGGUAACAUGGUGGCUCUAGAGAAAUGCCCAUUGCUAUUCGUAAACAAGUUACAAGUUCAGUCUAUCCCAUUUCAACUUUUGAGCAAUUCUCAAACAACAUUGUAUAUAUGCAAUGUUCUCUUUAAAUCAGACCACAGUGGUCCCCAAUAUUAUGUACAUAUGGCCAGUGUCCGUGUAACUUUUUGUUACACUGGCAGUUUUGUAGGUGAGAGGAACCUAAUGCUCCAAUGUUCAAUUACUUGCACGUAUGUGUAAACUACACAAGCUUUAUGCUGUGUCUACAUUGACUAACGAAGGUAACCUAACACCCAAAUGGUAAAAACAGAAAAGAAAAAAAUUGAAAAUCAAUUGUAAGAAUCACCUUUCCAUUGGUGUUGGGCUAUAGAAUAUCUACCCUUCCACAGCAUAUCGUUUGACUUUAUACAUGCCGUUCUGUUGUUCAACGUUGUGGGGGUGUAACUUCUAUUCAUUUGGGCCCAUAACAAAAGCCUAUCACUUUUUAAUAUUACUCAACAAGGAUAAGUGUGAAGUGCUGACAAGUUCCCAUUUCACCCGCUCUACUUUGCUGCACUAAUUAACGACAUUGGGAUGAGAAGAUGUGUGCUAAAGAUGUUGCUCAUACUGGUAUGCUGCAUGAUUCCACUGAAUUAGAGCUAACCCUACUAGACAAAUGAACAGAACAUAUAGGUGCAUGUUAAGAACCAAGAACCACAUAGAACUCUGGAGUUUUACCAAGUUUUCUUUACUAUGCAAAGAUGGGUAUUGCACAAACAAAAUUCAAAGACUAGUAGCUGAGGAAUUCUACAAAACAAUACUUGAAUUUAUUUUGUUUAAGAGCAUCCCAUCAUGUUUUCUAGUCACUCUCGCUUUCUCCAUGAUUCUUUCUUUAAAAAUGAUUUGUAAUUAUUUUUUAAGUGCACAGUUGGAUGUUUCAAAUCCAUUUUGAUUUGAACUUAGUAACUCAUUCAUAUCUUAUUGGCUGCUGCUGAAUGGAGAUUCAAUAGUCAUUCUGCAUCUUUUAGUCAAAUGAGUAUUAAACCUUUCAUGAACAUAGAAUGUUGUCGCUUUAUGUUUUACUCAUAUUCUUGCUGCCCUUUUCUGUAUUCUCCUAUGUUGUUUAUUAAAUGUCUGCUCAGAAUCUCAAA